UCACAAUUAUUUCAUUUCUGAGGGGAAGUUAGAAGCAGCAGCAGAAAUAAAAGCAGCGGUUUCUGCCUUGUCUUCCACAGCAGCAUCAACAGGCAUCUGUACCAUGACGCUCCACUGCGCGCCUCUCUUUCUCUUGCUUCUUCUUGGUUCGUGGUGGCCGGACUCAGAGAAGCAUGUGGUGGGAGCUGUGAAGGUCAGGGAGCACUAUAUUGCUGCUCAGAUCACUAGCUGGACCUACAAACCGGAAUCUGAGGAGAAGUCCAGAUUGGAGCAUUCAGAUACUGUGUUUAAGAAAAUCGCUUACAGAGAAUAUGAAGAGGAUUUUAAAAAAGAAAAGCCAGCAGAUGUAUUUGCAGGACUCCUGGGACCAACUCUGCGUGCUGAAGUGGGAGAUACGUUAGUAGUUCACCUUAAGAAUAUGGCUGACAAGCCAGUCAGUAUUCAUCCCCAAGGCAUAGUUUACAGCAAAAAUGCAGAAGGCUCCCGGUAUGAUGACAAAACAUCGUCUGCAGAAAAACAAGAUGAUGCUGUAUUUCCGGGCCAGGUCUACACGUAUGUGUGGGAUAUAACAGAAGAAAUUGGUCCAAGAGGAGCUGACCUUCCUUGUCUUACUUAUGCAUAUUAUUCUCAUGAGAACAUGGCAGUGGAUUUUAACUCUGGUCUGAUUGGACCGCUGCUUAUCUGUAAGCAAGGAAGCCUAAAUGAGGAUGGGUCACAGAAACUUUUUAACAAGGAGUAUGUACUGAUGUUUGGUGUGUUUGAUGAAAACAAGAGUUGGCAAAGAUCAGCAUCGCUUAAGUACACAAUUAAUGGCUAUACUGAUGGAACGUUACCAGAUCUAGAAGCUUGUGCAUAUGACAACAUUAGCUGGCAUUUGAUAGGAAUGAGUUCCAAGCCAGAAAUUUUCUCCAUUCAUAUCAAUGGCCAGUCCAUGGAGCAAAGACAUCGCCGAGUUUCUACUGUUAACCUAGUGGGGGGAGCAUCAGCCACAGUCAACAUGACAGUGACAGAGGAAGGAAGGUGGCUGAUAUCUUCUCUUGUCCAAAAGCACCUGCAAGCUGGACUGCACGGUUACCUCACUGUAAGAGACUGUGGGGACAAAGAGGUGAAGAAGAGUCAUCUCUCCUAUAAAGAACGUCUUAUGGUCAAAACCUGGGAGUAUUUCAUUGCUGCAGAAGAAGUUACUUGGGAUUAUGCCCCAAAUAUUCCAGAGAACCUUGAUAGACACUAUAAAUCGCAGCACUUGGACAACUUCUCAAAUCUCAUAGGUAAAAAGUAUAAGAAGGCUAUUUUUCGGCAAUAUACUGAUGCCAGCUUCACUAAACGUCUGGAAAAUCCUCGUCCCAAGGAAACUGGAAUCUUGGGUCCUAUUAUCAGAGCUCAACUGAAUGACAAAGUCAAAGUUGUAUUCAAAAAUAAGGCCAGUCGACCCUACAGCAUUUACUUCCAUGGAGUGACACUUUCAAAGAAUGCAGAAGGAGCUGAUUAUCCUCUGGAUCCCACAGGCAACAGCACCCAGAGCAGAGGAAUUGAACCAGGGAAGACAUACACUUACGAAUGGAAAAUCACUAAAACGGACCAGCCCACUGCACGGGAUGCACAAUGCAUUACAAGGCUGUAUCACAGUGCUGUAGAUACUGAGAGAGAUAUAGCCUCUGGGCUGAUUGGCCCACUUCUGAUUUGUAAAAGUGAAGCAUUGACACAGAAGGGUGUGCAGAAAAAGGCAGAUGGGGAGCAGCAGGCAAUGUUUGCUGUGUUUGAUGAAAAUAAGAGCUGGUACCUAGAGGAUAACAUCAAGGACUACUGCAGCAACCCUGCCAGCGUUAAAAGGGACGAUCCCAAGUUCUAUAACUCGAACAUAAUGCACACAAUAAAUGGCUAUGUGUCUGACAGCAGUGAAAUCCUUGGAUUUUGCCAAGAUAACGUGGUUCAGUGGCACUUCUCCAGUGUUGGCACUCAUGAUGAGAUUGUCUCUGUUCGCCUGUCUGGGCACUCUUUUCUGAACCAAGGGAAAUAUGAAGAUGUGUUGAACCUUUUCCCGAUGAGUGGAGAAUCGGUCACGGUGGAAAUGGACAAUGUCGGUACUUGGCUUUUAGCAUCCUGGGGUACCCCAGAGAUGAGCUACGGCAUGAGGCUGAGGUUCAGAGAUGCCAGAUGUGACUAUGAGGAAGAUUACACGUUUGAUGUUGUGGAUCUUUCUUACACCAGGACUGAUAAAAAAGCUGUUUCCACCUCAGUUGAAGAAGAUGUGCAGGAAGAAGAAGGAGAUAAGGAGGAUUUGGAUUAUCAGGAUUACCUGGCUUCUUUUUACUCCAUCCGAAGCUCAAGGAAUGCCACAGGCGAUGAAGAAAAACAAAACCUUACAGCACUGGCCAUGGAACAGUAUGAAGGCAGUGAUGCUGCGAGUUUGGAGGUGGCAGCUGGCUCAGGUCUGACGGCUGUAAAUGGUAGUGAAUCCACAGACACCUAUAAGCUGGGCAGUGGGGAAGGAAAACUGAAUGUUGCAGAAGAGCUUCCAACUGAUGGAAAAGACAGUAAUUCUUUUUCAGAAAAGCAGGAAGACAGCACAGGGCGAGGAAAUUCUAGCAUUAACAGUAAAAGGAAAAAGCGAAACUCACUGGCUGUUAAGUUUUAUUCCAUCCAAAAGAUGAGCGCCCUUCUAAAUCAUGUCCGAAACAAAAAUGCGUCAUUUUCUGACGAGACAAGUGCGCCUCGUCCUGUGCAUCAUGCAGAGAACACCUCUGCUAUAGCCAUGGUGGGAACAGGCCAGCUUCCACAUGAUUAUGAUGAUGAAGUGGAAGAGGAAGAAAGCAAGAUGGAAAAUGCCAUGCUUGCAGUUAACUUGACGCUUGCUUUGGACCCCGUGGCAGAUGGGUCUGAUGCAUCCAGCCUCUCUGAACCCAAGCUAUCCAAAGAUAAACAUGCAGACACUUUUUCUUUAGAUCAUACGUUAGGCAAUGUAAACCCUAAUUCCAGCCCUGCGCUAGUGAAGAACUUACUAGAAGCAUCAGUGCCCAGGUCUGGGAAAUACUCAUCUAAAAUGACAAAUGAGGAAUGGAAUUUGGUUUCUGCAAAGGGGAGUCUGGGAUUAGAGGCAAAUUUAGAUAAAUCUGUCAGUGGUAAGUUAAAUCAUCGUGGCAGAAAUGGUACAGCAUUCAUAAACAAGAAGCAUGUGAGGAAGUAUCAAGGGUUCCCACAUCUAAUGGGAGAAAAUCAGAAAGGCAGCCACAUGCACCCAACUCUGAAAAGAAAGGAAGGGGACAAGAAUGAUACUUUAUCUGGAACCUUCAUCAAGAUACGUAGGAAAAAGAAAGAAUAUCCAAAAAUGACCCACUUGCUGAGCCCAAGGAGUAAAAGUCCCCAGAAACCCACCCGUUCUAUGGCAGGGUUUGGCCGUACAUUGUUUCCAGGUGAGACCAACCACACGACACCGCCGUAUCGCACUAACGCCACAGGGGCACCCGGUGAGGCCAACCAAACAGUGGAUCCGAGUAGAGCCGGGCACGGUGAGUCGCUAAAUUACACGCUCACCCCACGGCACCUUAAGCCAUCCAUCACCAUUGGGCUUCCCCAAGAAGAUGGAGACUACGAAUACGUUACGGAAGGAUCUUACAGCGAGGAAAUGUCAGGCAGUGAAUACGAAUACCAUUAUGUGAGCUUUGAUGACCCGUACAUGACAGACCCAAAAGUGAAUGUGCACGAAGAGCGUAACCCGGACUACAUUGCCGAACAUUACCUGCGUAGCAAAGGCAACGAGAGGAGAUACUAUAUUGCAGCGAAAGAGGUCUGCUGGAACUACGCAGGAUAUAAAAAAAGUACAAUGAUGAAUGACAAAACCUGUAAAGACGGCACCACAUACAAGGUGAUUUUCCAAAGCUAUACAGACAGUACGUUUAUGACUCUUCAGGAUGAAGACGAGUAUAAAGAACACCUUGGCAUCCUGGGACCAGUCAUCCGGGCUGAAGUGGACGAUGUUAUCCUAGUUCAUUUUAAGAAUCUGGCCUCCAGACCAUAUUCCCUCCAUGCUCAUGGACUGUUCUAUGAAAAAUCCUCUGAGGGAAGCAUUUACGAGGAUGAAUCUACAGCUUGGUUUAAGGAAGAUGACCAAGUUCAGCCAAAUAACAGUUAUAUAUACGUCUGGUAUGCAAACAGGCGAUCAGGACCUCUGCAGUCAGAAGCAGCUUGUCGGUCCUGGAUCUACUACUCUGACUUAAAUCUGGAGAAAGAUAUUCACUCUGGUUUGAUUGGGCCAAUACUGAUCUGUCAGAAAGGAACCUUCAGUAAAUCGAACAACAGCAAAACAUCGACCCGAGACUUUUUCUUGCUUUUCAUGGUCUUUGAUGAAGAGAAAAGCUGGUACUUUGACAAACGUUCUAGAAGGCCUUGUACUGAGAAGACCCAAGAAAUGCAGCAGUGCCACAGAUUCUAUGCCAUUAAUGGGAUUACCUACAAUUUGCAAGGCUUGAGGAUGUAUGAAGGCGAACUGGUCCGGUGGCAUUUGCUGAACAUGGGUGGGCCAAAAGACAUUCAUGUUGUUCAUUUUCAUGGACAGACCUUCGUAGAACAAGGAGAGCCAAAGCAUCAACUUGGCACAUAUACACUCCUUCCAGGCUCAUUUAAAACAAUUGAAAUGAAACCACAGAGAACUGGCUGGUGGCUUUUAGACACCGAAGUUGGAAUGCAGGCAUCCUAUUUGGUUAUAGAGAAAGAAUGCAGGACUCCAAUGGGUCUAGCAAGUGGAGUUGUACUCGAUUCACAAAUCAACGCUUCACACCAUGUAGACUAUUGGGAACCUAAGUUAGCCCGAUUAAACAAUUCUGGAACAUACAAUGCUUGGAGCACUACAAUGGGAAAAGACGAGCUCCCUUGGAUCCAGGUGGACUUUCAAAGACAAGUUCUGUUAACUGGGAUACAGACGCAGGGAGCCAAGCAGUUUUUAAAGUCCUUGUACAUCCAGAAGUUCUUUAUCGUUUACAGCAAAGACAAACGGAAGUGGAACACCUUUAAAGGAGACAGCUCUCCAGCACAAAAGAUUUUUGAAGGUAAUUCCGAUGCCUAUGGGAUAAAAGAGAACAUCAUUGAUCCCCCUAUUAUUGCUAGGUACAUCAGAGUCUACCCAACUGAGGCCUACAACAGGCCUACUCUUCGCAUGGAGCUUCUGGGCUGCGAAGUAGAUGGUUGCUCUUUGCCGCUUGGAAUGGAAAACGGAGAGAUCAAGAAUACCCAGAUAACAGCCUCGUCUGUUAAGACAUCCUGGUUUAACACGUGGGACCCUUCGCUUGCUCGUCUCAAUCAGAAAGGAAAGAUAAAUGCCUGGCGGGCCAAGUUGAACAACAACCAACAGUGGCUGCAAAUUGAUCUCCUCACAAUUAAGAAGAUAACUGCUAUUGCUACCCAGGGGGUGAAGUCCGUAACUGCUGAAAACUUUGUGAAAACCUAUGUUAUCCAGUACAGUGACCAAGGCUCAGAGUGGAAAUCCUAUACAGACGGUUCAAGCUCAGUGGCAAAGGUCUUCAUGGGUAAUGAAAACAGCAGUGGGCACGUCAAGCAUUUCUUUAAUCCACCCAUCCUGUCCAGGUUUAUCCGCAUUGUUCCAAGAACGUGGUAUCAUGGCAUUGCCCUUCGGGUGGAACUCUACGGCUGUGAUUUCGGUGGGGGUCUGGCUGUGAGAAGGACUGACUCUUAACAUGUCAGCGAUUGUCAUGCAGAGCA